UACGGUUUAAAUGAAUGGGCGGCUACCGAAAUAUCCCCGAAGCAAUUAUUAUUUUCCCCAACUCAAUCAUCGAUAGAAAUCAAUUAUUGCGUAACAGAUGUUCGUUAUAUAAUGCAAAAAAAAUGCCGGAAACGAAAAAAUCGCCGGAAAGGAAAUCGAAUUUAUUUCGUCUGUCUGAAAGCGGCUCGGAAGUAUCCGUUUUUGUCGACGAAACUCGAAUCUGCGACGAGGCGUUGCGACGGGAACUGAUGGCUUCGGUUCGAAGCAGGGAAAAUAGAUUCGGAAUCCUGAAAUGUCCGGGAAUUUGUCGGUUGGAUGUACGCUACCGCUACAACAAACCGCUACGUCGAAGCUACGAAGGAAAAUGCUACAACGUGAGAGUUCCCGAAAGACUUCAUCAAACAUUCUCUCUACUCACUUCGCGAGCUCUCGACAAAGAGUACGAGAAAGGAGGGAAGAGGAGGAUAAAUAACGACGAACGUGAAUGGCCGAGCUUCCAUUCCGACGAAUUACAACAACGUCUCACUUUCGGACAGGAGGAGGAAGCGGAAGCGAACGAAACGGAAACUAGGAACCAACAUUUGGAUUUAGUACACGAAGAACUUUUGUGGAAAUUGCGUAAAAAGAAAGUCUUACGAGAGGUUGAAGAAAGCAGGUGUUUCUCACAAUCCCUGUUUAAGUGGGAGUGCCUGGACCCAAAAAUUCGGCAAGAAUUAGCCAACGUUCAUCACUCGAAAAGGCAACUUAAUCAACAGAUAAAGGAAAUAGCCCUUGAAAUACAGGAAGAGGAGCGAGAGCGCGAGGAAGAAGAAAAGGGAAGAGCGAUCGAACUUAAAGACCGAAUGCUCUCAGAGUUGACCUCUAAAAUUUGGCGCAAUCGACUAUCACGUCUGGAAGAGGAAGAGGCGGAAUGGAGGACCAACGCCGUGAGAAAAUACCGCUUCGACAACGUUCGAAAGAGAUCGGAUCGAUUGCGCAGAGCCUUGAAUUUCGAGCUUUUAGAACUGUUCCGUCACGUCAAGGAAGAAGAAAGGGAAGAGAAAAAGAAAUACAGAGCGCGACACCGGAAAAACAUGUCGGAAGUUUUCAACGAAUUACGCAACAAAAUAGCCAAGUAUCCCGCUAGGACUUAUAAUAGAAGUAGUAUCGCAUCGGAGCGAGGAAGAAUAUAUCGAAGAAGAGGGAAUUAAGAUUAUAAGAACCUUUAUAUUAUUUCGCCUUUAGACAUAAAAUAAAAACCUCUCUUCACUGUUUUACAACGAUCUUUUUCGGGCGGAUGCUGAUUUUAUCUUCGAUUUUCGGGAAUUCCAAGAAACUUUUAACUCGACUCCCCCCUUUUAGGGAAACUUUCGUAUCCCCAAACACUAAAAGACGGAUGAAUUAAAGCGAUUUCUUUGCAGCACCAAUCGUGUUAAUGCAUCCAUCCCCCGUUAUAAGAAACACAUUCAAUUAUAUUAUAGUGUUUCUCAGAAGGGGGCGCAUUAAAACAAUUGAUACAGUAUUUGGAGAAUCCUCCGAAAAAAAUAAAAAUAGUGUUAAAUGUAUUCGGUAGGGUCGGGGUUCGAGUUCAAAUGUCACGUGGACUUCUAGCAACUCGGUGUUAUCGCAUAGUUUCGGCGAGGCUUUAGUUUAAAAGCACGCGACCUACGAUCUUUUACCUUUAACCCGAACCGGAAGAGAAAUUAAUGGUCCUUUCCUCGCACGACGCCCCCUGACCUCUAGCUCCGCGCACCAUUUACCGGUUACUUUGGAGAGUAAUUACAUGACUGUUGCUUAAGGUUACGCUUCCAUUACAAACGCGAAUUAGUGGCGUCAGAUAUCUCGAGUCGCGACGAGUGUUCUUUUUUUACGAUUCCAGCGACAUCUGUAAUCGCUUGGGCGUAACAGAAAACGCUUCUGUUCCGCUCCUCCCGAGGGAACGAAAUUAAAUUUGGACUUCGAUAAUAAACCGAAAUCCGGCUUCCUUCCUCUCGUCGCUCUAUCAAUUUUCGUCUCUCCCCCCGGAUGGACGAUGUUCUUCCAUUUACAUAUAAUUGCCGGGAAGGGAGGAAACGAGGAAAGUAAUCGAGAGCGGAAGAAUUAAAAAAAGUAACCGGUCGAGAGGGAGGAAAAGCAGCGUAACGUGUGACGCGUAAC